UGAACAUCACGCAAGUUUACAUAUCCCACAAUUCCGUGUUAAUGAUACGUCAAGUAUGGCUGCUUGCAGACUGUUUGACGAAGACGAAGUUUGCUUAAUUACACCGGAUAAGGGUUAUGUUUAUGGUUUGGUGUUAGAAAAUGCUGAAUUUAUCAGCAGCGACGAGGAAGGUGAUGAGCUACCAGGUCAGAUCACUAAAGGCUCAGUUAGAGUGGCCUGGCAUCCAGAUGGCAAAGAAACUGUCGUUGAAGAAGACAAGGUCAUGCUUGCCGAUCGGUCUCUGAUGCCUGGCGAUGUUGUGCGUCAUCUGGACGAUAAUGAAGAUAGCCAGGCUGGAUUUGUGGAAGACAUGUCGGUUACCUGUCACCUGCAUGUACUUGGCACUGACAAAUACAUUUACAACGUCAACAGCAAGGACUUGAUAUACCCGAAAUAUGAUACCGAUCCAGGCGAUGUCACCUAUGGCCCAUGGUUGGGCAGGAUAGAUGCUGUAAAUGAAGAAUAUGUUCUCCAAUUUCCUGAUGGAGCAAGAUGUGUCAUUAAUGACAAUGACAUUUGUGCAUUUGAAGAUAUUACAGACAAACGAUGCAAGCACACAGAGUUCUGCAAUUAUGAGACAUAUCCUUCCCAGGAACUAAAGGCUACAAUGGGAGAUUUGGGUGAAGUGAAGUGGCUGGUAGAAACGCCUGCAUACAAUGCUACAAUCGUUAAGAGUAAACCAAAGAUGAAUAUUCAUGUUACUGUUGCGGAGGUAAGGACUUUCAGUGUUGAUGUUCAUUGGUUGUGUCGUGGUUUGGCCAAAGUGGAAAACCCUCUGGACAACACAGAGACUCCACCAAGACAAGUAUCUGGUGAUGAUCUCAAUCGACUGCAUUCGUUAAACUGGUUUGAGCAUUGCAGUGUACAGAUUGGUGACAAGGUUCAGUACGUCAUUCCUGACACCAGUGUCCUGGUGACCACACCUCCCAAGCACAACGCCAAACCCAUGAAUGUUAGUGACAUCAUUGAGCAGUCUCAGAACGACUGUAGCCAGCCUGGCGAUCCAAGUCCACCUGAACAGGCUAGUUGCGAUGCACUGGGAAAACCUAAAACAGAUUGUAAGUGCAAUGAUGAAGAGUGCGAAGGUGCAGAAGCAGAUUCCGAGGACAGCUCUGACGCGGAGUCCCUGGGUUCAAACCGCUCAGACGGAAGCACAAAGAAGAGGAAAAACCCUAGAAAGGGACCCCAUCUGGCAACCAAAUCGAUGAGAAAAGUUAAAGGUCGAAGGGCAAAGAAAAAGUUCAACUUUCCUGAGCGAAAACUACAGGCUGGGGACACGGUGACCACUGAAAUAUGCUAUACCUUCUCUAAAGCUUGCAUCAGGUGGCAGGAUGCUUCACAAACAACUGAUGUCCCUUCAACAAAGCUGUAUCCCAUUCAUCAUCUAGAUGCCCUUGAGUUCUUUCCUGGAGACUUUGUCAGUGAUACCAGAGAAGAGCAUCAAGGUGACUAUGGGGUAGUGGUGAACUCAAACCACAAGGACCGAACUUGUGUGGUUAAGUGGAUGAGGACGUAUGAAGUCGGAAAAGGCAACAGUCCUAGCUGUGUGUUGGGGCCCACAGAAGUAAGCGUGUACGAUAUCGUGGACCAUCUAGAAUACAAGUACCGUACUGGCUACAAUGUCAUCAGAGUCGGAGGAUUUAGAAGCCGAGAUGAAGAAUUGCCUGCAGUUGGCCAGGUGUACAGUCUAGCUAACGAUGGGACAAUAGAUGUGAAGUGGUCUAAUGGUCGAGUCACUACAUGUUAUCCGCAGGAUUUAUACGUCUCUUCAGAUAUCCUGGAAGAUUUCUCCGACUCUGAGCUGGACUCGUCUGACUCAUCUUCUGACGACGACGAAGAGGAAGAAGAGAGUGAUGCAUCAUGGGAAACUGAGGAUGAAGAAGAUAUAAUGGAUCCAGAAGGAAUGUUCAAAGACAGGGACACUGUUGAGAAGAAGGGCAUCCCUUUCCUGAACGAGGAGCAGAAUGCUGACGUGAAGUCUCUCAUGUCGGAGCUUCCCUCUGAUCUCGCCAACCUCGAGACGGUGUUCGAGUUUCUCAACGAGGGCACGCCCAACCUGACCAGCCAGUACCGCGAAAUCCUGCAGAUCUACUCCUCCUGCAAGUACCUCGACAAGACCCUGAAGACGUCCUUCUUCAAAGAUGAGGACCUCAUCGAUCUCAUUGCCAUCAUCAAGUCGGAGAGGAAGAGAGAGAAGUACAAGAAGAUUUCCAAUCGCUUCCAGAGCUUGUACCUUUCGUGGUACAAUAAUGUUUCUAGUCUCGGAAGUGAAAUCAGUCCUAUUAUUAGUCUGUCAGGAGAUGAUGGCGGUUGUAAUCCAUCGGGGGAUCAGCAUCAUUGCACGUCUUUGAGAGAACAGGAUGGUUGUGCAGCUUCAAAAUCAGAUGCUGUUCAGUCACGUAAAGAUGAUUCAGAUUUGACCUCUCCCAAUAGAGUGCCAAAAUCGGUAACAGAUGAGGAGGGUUCUCUGUCCACUGGCGACUGCUGUGCAAGUGGGGAUCAGACUGAUGGAGCUUGUGGUAUUGCACAGAAUAUCUCAUCCUUGAAGCUGGUGGGGAAAAAGGAAACGCGGCAGACGGAAGCUGGUCCAAACUCUGUCCAGCAUGAUCGUUCCAGCAGGGAGCUGUGCAUAAAUGUUUUAAGGAAGCUCCACGAUGGGGUUGUCAAACUUCAGAAUGAAAUGAACAAGUACAAAACAGCUAGCCAGACCGAGAGUGGUACUCAAACUGACAUGUAUAUAAGUGAAAUUAAAGUGGAAAACGGGGAGGAUGACAGUGCUCGUCUUUGUGGAGAAGCUACUGUUAAAUCUGAAAAUGGAGACGCUGCUGUUAAAUCUGAAAAUGGAGAUGCUGAUAAAACUGAGCUGUGUCAAGCAUCUGCCAUGAAGUGUGAAAAAGCCACGAUAGCGCACUGCUUUUUAGAACAAUCUUCUGAUUGUGAUAAAGGAAAUCAGACACAAGAUAUGACAAGAACAGAAGUCCCAAUUCAGACUAACGAGUUGGCAGAAUGUUGUCCCGAAACAGAUGAGCAUUCUAAAGCCAGUGCUGAUGUUUCUGACAAGGUUGAGGAGCUUGUUGAUGGUGGCAUGAGUGUGUGUCACGAUAUCCAGUCCCAGCUUGUUGAUGACAAUAUUUCGAGAGAAAAUGGUGCCUCGUGUGUGGUGGAAAGUCAAGACUGUGAUAGAGACUCAAUGGUUGUUAAAGGUUUUGAGCUGGUUGAUGAGGUUCUACUGUGCCACAGAUUCUACGGGAACGAGCAUGUUUCUACAGCUCCCAAAGCUUUCCACACAGCAGUCAGUAGAGAGUUAAAACUACUCCAGACAAGUUUGCCAUCUGGGAUCCUGGUGAAGUGUUUUGCAGACAGAUUGGAUCUCUUCUCCAUUAUGAUUGUGGGCCCAAAGAAGACUCCUUAUGAAGACGGUCUAUUUUUCUUUGAUGUUCAGCUGCCCUCGGACUACCCAAGUUCACCACCAGUGUUUCAUUAUUACUCGUACUGUAUGGACAGACUUAACCCAAACCUCUAUGACGAUGGCAAAGUGUGCGUCAGUCUUCUUGGAACAUGGGCAGGAAAGGACAAUGAGGUCUGGACUGCAAAAUCUAAUCUUCUGCAAGUACUAAUUUCCAUUCAAGGUUUGAUACUGGUGUCCGAGCCAUACUACAACGAGGCAGGAUACGAGAAACAGCGUGGCACAACGCAAGCUGCGGAAAACAGCCGCAUGUACAACGAGAUGGCCAUUUUGAAACUCAUUCAGUCUUUGACGAACAUGGCCAGGAAACCUCCCAAGGUAUUUGAGAAAGAGACUUGGAAACACUUGGCAACGUUUGGACCAAGAAUUAUUAAACAGCUGGAGGCUUGGAUGAAGGUGUCGGACAAGAAAACGAAAGAAGAAACCCAGAGUUUGUCAAAACCAAAUGAUGAGACAUCCCCUAACAGUAUUAACACGGCGGAACACGAACACCAAAACCACGUGCCAGGCUUGACGACCAAUGAAACAAAACUACCUGAUGAUACAAACGCUCCUUGUGUUUCCACUUCAGACGAAGAAGAUAAAAUUGCCGAACCUGACUUUCCAUUACUUCCAGUGUCGAGAGGAUUUCGGCUGACUCUGAAAAAACAAUUGGCACAGUUCAGAAAGGUUUUGGAUGAAAUUGAGCCAGUAACUGUAUGACAGUUUGGUUUAUAGAGUUGUUUUUGGGUUUUUAGGAAUUCCUUGAUCGUAUUUAAACUCACUUUGUGUGUAUUCCUAGUAAUGUGAUAUGAAUAACUUGAGUUUGAGUAAACAACGACAAUGCAUUUUAGAUGAAAAAAGUCAAUCAUCAAAACAAAGAAAUGAAAAAGAUCAUACUGGGCAUAUUUCAUGAUUGAAAAUAUUUUAGCUACAACUGACAGCAAUAAUAAUAGCUGUAAUACUUUUGCAGCUUCUAACAAAAGAAUCUUUUGUUUUUGGAUAUUCAAAACUACAAUCUCCUCUCACCAUGUUGUAACAUUAUUCGCUAAUGCACAAUAAAAACACAACGGUUGUCAAGUACAGUUGUAAUAAACUCAUGAGUUGUUGCUGUCAACAGUUAUCAUCAGCUACCUUCAUAUAAGUCUGUUAUCGUGUAUUUUAAUACUUUCUAACAGAGAGAUGAAGAAUAAGACAUUUCUUUUCAUACAUAACCCAACCUCAGACCCAUGGUAGCAGUGAAAACAAAACCCAGCAGGUCAAAAGUCAAGAUAAGUAUUCAUGACAAAAGAAAAUGAUCCAAGUUUUCUUUAGUUUUGUGCAAGGUAAAUUAGCAAAUAUAUUUAAAGGAUAUUGAGGAAUUGUAUGCUACAGCAAGCAGUUAAUGUGGAUGGUUUAUGUAAUAAAAAUAUACCACAGAA